GUCCAUGAUUGAUUUCAGAGGCCGCUGCCUAUUUUUGAAAAGAUCCCACCUGCGUCUCCCACUCCUUCACUCAACUGCGGAAAGGCCUUCCUUCUUCCUCUCUUUCUCCCAUCUUCUGACCAUGGCCGAGCUUCAACAGCUGCAUCUCCGAAUCAAAGAAGUCCAAGAAAAAGAAUCCCCCAAACAUGCAACUGCCAUCACCAAACAACCCCACACAAGACUAAGACACUGGCAAUGGUGGCUCAUGGUAGCUCUCAACAUCACAUUCAUCCUCUCCGGCCAAACCGUCGGCACUCUCCUCGGAAGAUUCUACUACGACCAAGGCGGAAAUAGCAAAUGGAUGGCUACCCUCGUCCAAUCCGCAGGCUUCCCGAUACUCCUCAUCCCCCUCUUCUUCUAUCGCUUCCAUAAUUCUUAUUCCACAACAACAACGACCAUAGCUGCAGCGACAGCACCACCUUCCUUUUCUACCCUUGCAUUCAUCUAUGUUUCUCUCGGCCUACUAAUGGCAGGCGAUAAUGUAAUGUAUUCAUAUGGACUCUUUUAUCUCCCAGUCUCCACCUACUCACUCAUUUGCGCGACCCAGCUCGCUUUCAAUGCUGUCUUCUCUUACUUCUUCAAUUCACAGAAGUUCACUUCCCUCAUAUUCAACUCCAUAGUCAUCCUCACCUUCUCCGCCUCCCUCUUGGCGGUCCGCUCCGACUCGGAGGGUCCCAAUGGGAUGUCAGCCGCGAACCAUGCGAUUGGCUUCCUAUGCACCCUGGGUGCAUCUGCUGGCUUCGCACUCUGGCUAUCCCUCACCCAGCUUUCAUUCCAGAAGGUCCUCAAGAGGGAUACGUUUGAUGUGGUGCUUGAGAUGCAGUUCUACACGUCGGCGGUUGCUUCCUGUGCGUGUGUGGUGGGGCUCUUUGCGAGUGGGGAAUGGAGGCGGCUGGAGGGGGAGAUGGUUGGGUUUGAUAAGGGAAGGGUGGCUUAUUUGAUGGCCUUGGUUUGGACGGCUGUGGCUUGGCAGGUUUGCUCUGUGGGUUUGGUGGGCAUGGUCUUUGAAGUUUCCUCACUCUUUACAAAUGUGAUUGGGACCUUGGCAUUGCCGAUUGUACCAGUCCUUGCUGUGGUGUUCUUCCAUGACAAGAUGGAUGGGGUGAAGGUUAUAUCUUUGCUGAUGGCUGUUUGGGGAUUUCUAUCAUACAUCUAUCAGCAUUAUCUUGAUGAUUGCAAGUCUAAGAAGACUACAACAGCUGAUGUGAGUGGAGUUUCUGAUGGUGCUACUGCUUGAGAGAGAUUUGUAUUGAAAUGGUUGAUGAGAUCCAAGCCUUACAUCAGGUGGGUCUCUUUGUCAAGCUGCAUUAGACCCAAAUUUCAGGUGGAAGGUUGAUGUGAGAUCCAAGCCUUACAAGUUACAUCAGGUGGGUCUCUUCGUCUAGCUGCAUUAGACCCAAAUUUCAGGUGGACCCACUCUCUGGGUGGGCCACAAUGUUAGAAACAGUAGGACAACUUUGAAAAACUGGGAGCAUUUUUAUUUUUUAAAUUUCUAUAUCAGGUGUCCAUUUGUUUCGUAAACUGUGGCCGAUCAAAUGAGUUGACCAGGUUGAUUUUUUAAGAGGGCUGGGGAAUCUACAUGGUGGGUCACACCUGCUGAUGGGUGGCUUUGAUGUCACCCUCAUAUUUCGUGGUGGCACAUAAAAUGGUGAGUAGAUGAACUGCUUAGUACCCGUAUGUGUGCUUAACAAGUCUUGUUUAAUUAAACUUGUUUGAUGUUUUAUGUAUGAAAAUCUCAAAAUUAUUGUUUU